AAUGGCAUAACAAUCCUGUUGCCAUGACAGCAAACACUACAGAUUCUUUGGGGAAUGUUGUCUGGUGGGGCUUAUCACCUGCAAUAAAUUUUCGCUCUUGUCUCAGCGAGUUUCUAUCCAAUGAACAGGACUUACAUGAUAGUUAUAGUCUACUUUGUAUUGGGAUGGGGGAUUCAAGGCACAUAGUGAAAAGUAUUUCUGCGGAUUUGAAAAAGCCAGUGGGAUUUAAAACGGUAAUUUCGUUCUUUAAUUUGGCAAUAGUAAUCGUAGUUUUAUUUGAUCGAGCCAUUAAUUGAAGCUUAUGCUAGGCAGAUGCUUCAACUGUAUAUUGCCCUUGAACCGAAUAAAAGAUUAAGCCUCCAGGUCGGAAAUAUAUUUAGAAUUAUAUGGUAAUAUAAUGGUCCGAGAUAUUUCAUCAAAAUAUUUGACACAUGUUGCUGACAAGCUGAUAAGAAUGACAACUAAUCUAGAUGGCCAUUUGUCUUUGACAUUUAUCGAUGUAUUUCACUUAAAAUUCAAGGAGCGGGAUAUGUUGGAAUCUGUACUUAAAUUUUGGCGUGGCAGGGAAGGAACGAAAUUUGAUGCAUCUAAAUGUUGGGACUUCCGUCUGAGGAAGCAUCUUGGCACGCGAUAUGAUGCUAUUCCAAAUGUUUUCGAUUGGGACUGUAGUAUUACGUUACAUGAUCGCAAGGCUACUCAGAUUAAUUCUAGAGAAUAUGCACAUUGGCGUCACCAUGGGAAUGCAUUUGAACUUCGAGAAACUAAUUACAACACUAUCAACAGGAGUUUAGCAUCUGGAAGAGUGUUUAAAAAUUCUGCUGGCGACAAAGGGGUUUAUUGGGGUUACUGGGGUGAUAUAAUCUGUUCACCAUAUUUAUCAUUUGGAAUCGAUACAUCUGAAUACCCUGAAUUAAGUCGUCGUGUAAAUGGAAAACAUGCAUAUUCUGCAACAACAAUAUCUGAAGUAAAUAUACGUAAAAUAUUUUGGCAGUUGUUGAAUCAACAACAAUGUCCAAUUUCUAUUGCUGCACCUUUCUUGGAGACAUCAACUACUGAAGAUGAUGGACAGGUUCCAGGUGAAAAAUAUGAAUGUCAACAGGAUAAUUCUUUAGCUAAUAAUAAUGAAUUCAUUAGUACACAGACAACGGACAAGUUAAUUAAUGGAGAUGCAAAGUCCAAAGAAUCAGAAGAAGGAGAGUUAACAAUUACAGGGGCUGAAAAAUCAAGCCAAACCUACAGCAAUUCAUUUGAAGCAAAAUUUGAAGAUAUUGAGUAUAGUAGAAUAUGCGUCGAACAACCAACACACUUGGCUCCACAAGAGCAUGUGAAGGGAUAUAUGUGCACAAGUGUGGUUAUAUACGCGAUUAUGCCUUUUAGACUUCCGAAGAGCAGUAAGCUACUGGAGAACACCACUCUUAGCAUUUCUGAGAAGAAUGUUCGCAGUUCCUUUAGAUGUCGCAAACACAUUCAAAAUGAAGUUUCUUCCAUUGAAUAGCUUCUUAGACUUACCUACAAGAUAUCGAUCAUUAUUUCUCAAAGAUGAUGAUUCUCCGUCUUCAGAGAUAAAUCGUUUCCGAAUAGUCUAUAUCGGAAAUAGUUUAGUUCAUCUGUUGUCUGAUCUUCAUUCGAGGGAAAUGAAACGCAAAAAUUUGAACGCAAAGUCACAGGACACUGAGACGUCAAAGGAGAAUUUACAGACAAUCAAAGAUGAAACUGAAGUGAGAAAAGAAAAUGGUUUAGGAAGUGACUUGUUAGGUACUGAGUUCUCCUUCACUGAUCUCUUGGAAGAUGAAGCAUUAUUGAUUGUGGAAUCUGUGUUGUACAUAGUUGAAAUUCGUGCUGAACAAGUCAAAGCCUAUUGUGAACAUGUAAAACAGAUGGCAUAUGAUCUGGAUUUCGAAGUUUCAAAAGAAAUCAAUCCACUUGAAGAUCAUCAUUUAUAUUUUCGGUUCAAGAGAAAAUCAAGUUCUUCAAGCUUAUAAAGUGUUUAUCGAACAAUGUUAUUAGUCAAAUAAAAAUUUAUCUUGA